AUGACCACGAUUUUCACUAUAGUGUUCUCAACGGUGAUUGUAUCGAUUGCCGCAAUCCUUGCCUCGAUUAGCGGAAGUUCUGGCAUCUUCGCACCGCCUGAAAUCGCCGGUUCGCGUGAUGUUUUCCCGUCGGCGAAGGUGAUAAACGUCACCGGGGCCUCCGGUCCGGAGAGUGUAGCUUUCGAUCCAGCAGGAGAAGGUCCGUACGUCGGCGUCUCCGACGGCAGAGUCCUCAAAUGGCGCGGCGAAUCGCUCGGAUGGACAGAUUUCGCUUACACAUCCACCAACAGGGAGAUGUGUGUUCGUCCAUUUGCACCAGAGCUAGAGCACGUGUGUGGAAGGCCAUUAGGGUUGCGUUUCGAUAAGAAAACCGGAGAUCUUUACAUCGCCGACGCCUAUUUCGGCCUUCUUGUCGUUGGUCCUGCCGGUGGUUUAGCUAAACCGUUGGUUACGGAAGCUGAGGGACAGCCGUUUCGUUUCACUAAUGAUUUGGACAUUGAUGAGGAAGAAGAUGUGAUUUACUUCACUGAUACAAGCUCAAGAUUCCAGAGAAGGCAAUUCUUGGCUGCUGUUAUGAAUCUUGAUGAUACUGGAAGGUUAAUCAAGUAUGAGAGAUCAAGCAAGAAAGUGACGGUCGUAUUACGUGGACUUGCGUUUGCAAACGGCGUUGCGCUGAGCAAAGACCGGUCUUUUGUAUUGGUAGCUGAAACCACCACUUGCAAGAUCUUAAGGCUUUGGCUCUCUGGUGCAAACGCAGGGACUCAGGACGUGUUUGCUCAGCUUCCGGGUUUCCCUGACAACGUUAGGAGAAACUCGAAUGGAGAGUUCUGGGUGGCUAUACACUCAAAGAAAGGUCUUUUCGCGAAACUCUCGCUUACUCAAGCUUGGUUCAGAGAUUUGGUGCUUAGGCUUCCGAUCAGUGGACCGCGCCUGCACUCGUUGUUCACUGGAGGGAGACCUCAUGCAACAGCCAUGAAGCUAAGCGAGUCAGGAGAGGUUUUGGAGGUGCUUGAGGAUAAAGAAGGAAAGAGGUUGAGGUUUAUAAGUGAAGUGGAGGAGAAAGAUGGUAAGCUUUGGAUUGGUUCUGUUCUCAUGCCUUUUCUUGGUGUUUAUGAUUUGUAG